AAUUGCCUUCAGUGAGGUGCUGAAUGUGGAAUCAAUGGCCUAUCUUCACAAAGCUCUGAGCUUUCUUCAGGAUCUCUUUGAGUCACUGGGAAUUCCAGAAGACCAGAGGAUAGAAAGGAUGGAAGUGGUAAAAAGCCUUUUGGACACGAUAAUUGCAGAGGAAGAGAACAAGAAGAUGAGGCUUCUGGAAAACAUAGCAUUAUAUCGAAAACAGCUAGACAGUCUGUGCUUUGAAUUAAAUGUGGAACAUUUUCAAGAGGAAGAGGGCAUCACCAUGCUGCAGCUGAAGAAGGACUUAAGCAUCCAGCUGGAAGUCAGAUUAAAGCAGAAGGAGGAUAGGCUAUGCGAGCUGAAAAGGCUUCAGGAGCAAGACCAGGCCUUCUGUGAACUCCUUCACACAUCCCCCUACAGCAUGGACAGGGGCUCAGUGCCCAGCCUGGAGGAGCUGGACCAGUUCAGAUGCUACUUGGCAACCCUGGCUGAGACAAAAGCCUGCAGGCUGGAGGAGUUUGUCAGCGCAAAGAGGCAGAUCCUGCUCCUUAUGGAAGAGUUAGAUUACACUCCAGACACAAGCGUCGAAAAAGAUAUGUUAUGUGGAGAUGAAGAUACUUCUGACCUGUCACUGGAAAAGCUUGCAGCUCUGCAUGACCUGCUCCAUCAGUUAGAGGUGCUGAGAGCUGAGAAUGAGAUUGUGUGUGAAGAACUACAUGCUCAAAUUCAAAAACUCUGGAAUGAGUUACAAGUUCCUUGUGAGGAGAGAGAAACCUUGGCUACACUUAUGAUUGGCUCAUUAUUCAAGAGAAGAAAAGUGCUUCAGUCAGAAGUAGAUCGAUUGGAAGAGCUGAAGAUUGAGAACCUGAAAAAAGUGAUUGAAGCUGUGAGGGAAGAACUGUCUCUGUAUUGGGAAAAGUGCUUCUAUAGUCAGGAUCAGAGAGAAGCCUUUGCCCCCUACUAUUCUGAAGACUACUCGGAGACUUUGCUCCAACUCCAUGAUGCUGAGGUGGUGCAGUUGAAACAUUACUAUGAGGUGCACAGAGAGCUCUUCGAAGGCAUCCAGAAGUGGGAAGAAAACUGGAAACUCUUCUUGGAGUUUGAGAGAAAAGCUUCAGAUCCAAGUCGUUUUAUUAAUCGGGGUGGAAACCUCCUGAAGGAGGAAAAACAAAGAGCCAAGCUCCAAAAAACUUUCUUUAAGCUGGAAGAGGAAUUAAAAACACAAAUUGAACUGUGGGAACAAGAAUAUUCAAAGGACUUUGUGGUGAAUGGGCAGAAAUUCAUGGAAUAUGUGAUGGAACAGUGGGAGAUGCAUCGUUUGGAGAAAGAGAAAGCAAAGCAGGAGAGACAUCUAAAGAAGAGCCAACAGAUAGAAGUCGAAAUGUUUUAUGGCAGUGCACCUAGAAUUCCUAGCAAGAGGGAAGGCCUGGGAUCCAGAAUAACAGGCAAAGUUCUCAAGUCAUCCUGGAAUAUUGGGUCCCCUGGGCAAAAGAUGCUGAAUACUAGCCAACGGGAGCACAAUAGAACCAUUGACUUGGAUGAGAGUGUUCUGAGUAAUGGAUAUUCUCAGCUAUCUCUACUCCAGACAGACUUCCAGAUUCAUUCUAUUGACAGCACUUAUUCCGAAUUUAUGCAACAAGAAUUUUCAGAGGCUUCCAAAUCUGAUCACAAUUCAGGAACUUUCACCUGUCCCAAUAUAGAAUCCUGAAAAGGAUCCUCUUCACCUAUCAAGCUCCCUGUCUUCAUUAGGGUGGUUUUGACAUCCCUAUAGUUCAGGUUUGUUCUCACUUGAGAAUAUGUUCACACCAGUGAUUGGAUUCCCUAAAGUGUCUGUGGCUUCUCGUUCUAGGGACGGAGUAGUCCCCAACAAUUAUGUUUACUUUGAUUGUAAUCUGGCAGACGAAGUUUUGAAUUUAAGAGUCAGGAGACCAGGCCUCAUCCUCUCUCUGCCACUUAACCAACUUUGGGAUAGAGGAAGUCUUUUUAACACCUCUAUUCUUUAGGUUCUCUAUUUGUUAAGUUUGUUAAGUCUGCUGACUUGACAGGAUUCCUGGGAAGAAGGUUAUAAAGUGCCAUUUAAGUUUUUGUUGUUGAAAUAAUGUUCUUUAAAAAAUAAAAUAAAGUUAGUUAUCAAUGUA